AUGAGACAGAGGGCACCACACCCCCAUCCCGGCGCCUGGGCGGCCGCGCGCGAGGAACUGCCGAGGGGUCUGCGUCAGCUCGCAGCUGGACUCGCCCUCGGGGACUUUCGCUGCUUUGCGCGAUCGUGCUCCACGCGGAAAGUCCACGCCCCCGGCAGCAAACAGGUAAACCGGACAGAGCCUCGCGCAGACCCCUCUGGGUUUGGAACGAAUGCUCGCGAUGAGCCAGGAGCCUCAGCAAGCGAGCCGGCUUCUCCGUUGAAGUUCGUGGAGCCGUUUCCGGGGCCCAGAAGAGUUUUCAUUACCCACGAGUCACGUAAGAUACUCCUGGUCCUUCUCUGGAGAAACACGAUUUCCAGUUCUCCCUGCGAAAGCCCCAGCCUAGCACGGCUGCGGCAUCUGGACCUGGCCGUCCAUCCGCGAUGCUGGGCACUGUCACAAGCUGUGCUAGGAGGAUCACGCUGCUCACCACCGUGGUGGCGUCCGAAGCCGGGUGUAAGACGAAAAAGCUCUGAGCAAUACAGCUGUCACACUAGGACAACUGCUGUCAUCAUGGGAAUUUCUUCCUCAUUGGCUACACUAACCUGGUGUGAAGCCAUGCUAAAUGUUACAGCGUAACUAUAGUUUCAAAGUGA